AUGCCUAUAAAAUACGAAGAAAAUAACAUAAGCUUCAAAAAUUAUAAGCACAUUUGGCAAAAUAGAAUAUUCGCGGUGGCAGAAAAGUAUAACAUACUUUUGAUAAAGAAAACCCAAAGCUGGGAAGAGAUUGAAGAUGCUGUGUGCAAAAAAUCAAAACAAUCAACUUCGAUUGAAAGUAGUAGUCAAUCUACAGCCAGCCACGAUUCUUCUUCGUCAAACUUGUCCUACAAGCUCACUAAGCAUGACAAGGACUACAUUAAAGAAAUAUAUGAAGGGUUAAAUUCUCAAAAAAUGUGGACCUUGUCUACAGGAACAGUCGUUGAGAUGAAGAUGGCAGAACUUGCCAAAGAGUGUGUGUACGAGCACCCAUGUCAUUCAUUAAUACUAGACACUGACGAUGAAACUUGGGGUGGAUACUUCACCCAAGAGGAGCUGGAAGAGAUUCAAGCUCAUAAAGCAAAACCAUUAAAGCCAGUACCAAGUGAAUUAUUCGAGUACUUGAAUAAUAUCACUCAAGAUGAGAAUAUCGAGACUAUGCAUGAAAGGAUAGCCAGAACAUAUUACAGCCCAAAGAAAAAUUCAUCUUGUUACUGGGCACAAAAAUCUUUGUUAGAUGGUCUGGAUCUACAUAUGUCAGGCUUUUUUAAGUCUUUUAUAGAGCACAGUGAAAGAGACUAUUUAAGUCGGGUCUGGAGACUGGUUCUCACUGUGUUCGACAGCUCAGUAAUAACAGCAAGAGAGGAGAUCUGUAGCAAGGCAUCCUCUUUUGAAUCAAAUAGAGGCCAACAAAUUGCAUCGGUCACAAAUAUCGGGAGAAAGAAAUCCGCCAAACGACCUGACCAUAUAUUUAGAUAUGGUUCAUUUGAACUUGGAAUUUCUGAGGCAGCCAAAGUCAGUGAUGAGAAUGGCGAUAAGGAUAUAAAAGAUAGUCGCAUCAAAGCACCAAAAUUGAUGAAGGAUUUAAUGCAAAAAAUCCUUGAGAAUAAGCCAGGGCUAAUAAACACAUUAAGAAUACCAAGCAUAAUUAUGAGUGGACUUGAUAUAAAGAUGUUUAUACUGGAUAUUCCAGAAGGAUAUGUCUCAAGAAUAACAAGAACAGAGACAUAUUCAUAUCCUAGUGAAUAUAUGUCGUUUGUAUCAGAAAUAAGGUCUUGCUUAGAGCUCGCGUGGUUGGCAAGAGGUAUUAUGGAAGAAACCGUCGAGGCUUUGACGAGUGUCACUAGAACUACCAUUGUCAUAAAAAGGAAAAAAGAUUUUUCUUUGCCUCCAAAUUUCAAAUCAACAAAAAAGAAAAUCACAGGAUUACUCACUUUACCUCCCUCUUAA